AGGGGGGCGGCGGCCUCGCUUCGUCUCUCUCUCUGCGCCUGGGUCCGGUGGGUGACGCCAAGCGCGAGAGAGAUGUCGGAUUUCGACAGUAACCCGUUUGCGGACCCGGAUCUCAACAACCCUUUCAAGGACCCAUCAGUUACACAAGUGACAAGAAAUGUUCCACCAGGACUUGAUGAAUAUAAUCCAUUCUCGGAUUCUAGAACACCUCCACCAGGCACUGUGAAAAUGCCUAAUGUACCUAGUACACAACCAGCAAUAAUGAAACCAACAGAGGAACAUCCAGCCUAUACACAGAUUGCAAAGGAACAUGCCUUGGCCCAAGCUGAACUUCUUAAGCGCCAAGAAGAACUAGAAAGAAAAGCAGCAGAAUUAGAUCGUCGAGAGCGAGAAAUGCAAAAUCUCAGUCAACAUGGCAGAAAAAAUAAUUGGCCACCUCUUCCUGGCAAUUUUCCUGUGGGACCUUGUUUUUAUCAGGAUUUUUCUGUAGACAUUCCUGUAGAAUUCCAGAAGACAGUAAAGAUUAUGUACUACUUAUGGAUGUUCCACGCUGUAACACUGUUUCUAAAUAUCUUCGGAUGCUUGGCUUGGUUUUGUGUUGAUCCUACAAGAGGGGUUGAUUUUGGAUUGAGUAUCCUGUGGUUCUUGCUUUUUACUCCUUGUUCAUUUGUCUGUUGGUACAGACCACUUUACGGAGCUUUCAGGAGUGACAGUUCAUUCAGAUUCUUUGUAUUCUUCUUCGUCUAUAUUUGUCAGUUUGCUGUUCAUGUACUCCAAGCUGCAGGAUUUCAUAAUUGGGGCAACUGUGGUUGGAUUUCAUCCCUUACUGGUCUCAACCAAAGUAUUCCUGUUGGAAUUAUGAUGAUCAUCAUAGCAGCACUUUUCACAGCAUCAGCGGUCAUUUCACUAGUUAUGUUUAAAAAGGUACAUGGACUAUACCGCACAACAGGUGCUAGUUUUGAGAAGGCCCAACAAGAAUUUGCAACAGGUGUGAUGUCCAACAAAACUGUCCAGACUGCAGCUGCAAAUGCAGCUUCAAGUGCAGCAACUAGUGCGGCUCAGAACGCUUUCAAGGGUAACCAGAUGUAGAGAACCCUCCAACAGUACACUGGUACCUUCUGACUGUACUUUUUCUCCAGUUACUGUAUUCUAUAAAUAUUUUUAUGUUCAAAACACAGUACACACAGCAUGUAUAUUUCCUGUUCACUUGUGCAUGGGCUAAAAGCAGAAAAACUUCCUUGUCUUAUUUGCCUAUUAGUUUCUUAAUAUUUUGGUGCCCCUUGCAGAAAAAAAUAUCACAUGCUAAAUAAAUAUUCUCCAUAUUUUUUGGGGGAUGAAUGUUCAGCAAAUUAUUUCAGUGGUGACACACUGAAAUUAAUAUGGUACUUAUGAUUAAAAAUGCGUUUAGUACUAGCUGCAGUCAUUCUUUCAAAAAUCUUAGACUUAAGGAUUACAUAUUGGAACAUUAAAGCGAUGCUUCAUUCCAUUUUCCCCAUUUAUACUGAAAGAAAUAGGCCAUCAGGGACUUAGGGAUUUUAAAAUUGGCUUGCUUUUUAGCAGUUUUAGUCACCAGUGAAGAGCCUGUGUGCAUUUCGUAGUAGAUGAUGUAAAUUUUAUCCUUUUCUUUUUGUUUUAUUUUUAUAGAGUAGUUGAUAUUUUCAUACCAAUCUCUGAUCUUGCAUGGGCACCACAUUUCUUAAAAGAAUUAGUAUUUUGGCUUUUGCACUGCUUAUGGUUGUAGGAUUGCAGAGUUGCUGGUAGAAUCAAAGAAGAGAUUUUCUGCAAUAGUUUCUGUUAAAUAAAAAUUUAUUGGGAUGCAAUAUGAGAACAUAAUAUGCAGUGCAUCAUCCAAAAAAGGGUAGAUAAUCAGUGGAAUAGAAUGUAGUGAUGAUAAUACUGUUUUUUGUUUUUGUUUUUUAAUUUUCAGUAUCCGUAUCAUAGUAGAAUAUUACUGUAUGGAAACCUUGGUAUAUUCUUGUGGUUACUCAUUUUAAUUGAACUGAGAUUGUGUUUGGCAGCUCUUUUUUGGGGAGUGUGUGUGUAUAAUUUUUAACAGAGGUAUUAAAGUCUAGACUAACUCCUUGUCCAAAAAGAACAUACAGUAUUUCAGGGAUUUUUCUUUUAGCCUCUCAUCUGUAGUGGGAUUAAAAAGAAAAAGAUGCUGUUGUUUCACAUAUACUUGAAUUCCUAAUGCACCUCAGUCUUUGAACUUUUGACACAGACUGAAUACAUUAAAAUUUUUCAGCAAUAGAAAAAAAUGAAACAUAUAACUUGCACCAAGCAAGAAAAUACAAAUACAGUUAAAUGCAUUGAUUGUGACUAUGACCAUGUUGAAAUUGUUACUAUGCAGCUUAGGAGUUCAUUCUUAGAGUAUACUUGAUUUGAAACUUUGAAUCAUUUUUAAUACUGAUUUAAUGACUCAAAGACCUUUGAAAGUCAUUAUACUGUGUUUUGGAAGUCAUUAGCUAAUUUAAGAUUACAGAAUAAUCAGUAAUGAUUUAUUCAACUUGAUUUUAAGUAAGGAUAGUCUAUUGGGUUAAAUUAUUUGAGACUGCAGUUUUUUUUUUUUAAAUAAGAAUCAGAUGGGUAUAAAUAGUUAAGUCACUUGCAUUCUUUUCCCCAAAUCUGGAGGUAAAUGAAUUUCAUACUGAGGGUGGGAUGAUGAGUUCUCACUAUUUAUAAGGGAAGCUUUGCAUGAUAAUAGAUAACAUGGAUCCAUCUAGAUGGUGUUUACAUUUGAUUUAUUUGGGAUUUAUUGAAAUAACAUACUUGGAAGAUAUUUCUUUUAUUAUGAUUAAAAUAGGUUUCAGAAAAUGAAUUUAAAACUUUUUAUGAAUAUUUCUGAUUAGUAAUAAUCUCCCUACUUUGUCAAACAAAUAAGCCAGUUCAAGUUCUUUAGAUUCUAUAAUCUUACUGAAAAUCUAUUUUAUCACAGUGUGCUUUACUGAGUGUGUAUUUUACAAACAUUCAAAACAUUAACCACAAAAUACAAGAGGAGCUCUUAUAUUUAUCAUUAAUUUAUAUCUCAAGUCCAUUUCUUUUUUUCUUUUAACCACAAAUGAAUAUAGAGACUUGAAAAAUACUGACAUACUUUCCUUUAAGAAUAGGAAUUAUCUCUAUUUUGUAGAAAUCCCCAAAGGUAGCAUUGUUAAAUAGCAAAUAAUUAAAACCAACAGUACCUUUUUUGUGUGUGGAUGGGGAGAAUGUUUUAAGAUCCAGUUACUUGGGUUAAUACAAGCUUAUGAGAGAAAAUUGUUUUUUAAAAACCUAAAUGUGGAUUAAAAUGAUGGCAAUACUAACGGUUUGAUAAGGUAUAGGGAUUUUAAAUUCUUAGAUUCUCUAUUCUCCUAACAAUAGUUGGUAAAUGGUCACAUUUUCCAGCAAAAGAUUGGCAUUUGUUAAUGUAUUAUAUUUAAUACUAAUGUGACCCACCCAGUAUCACAGUCAUGAAAUGGUCUUCAUGUUGUAAGCAUUCAUGUCAUUUUUCAGUUUGCAAUAUUAAGUUGUGGCUGUUUUCCUUCAAACUAAAAUUUGAACACUGGAAAAUCCUUGCUCAGUGAUUUGUAAUUUGGGACUUGGAUUAUUUAUCUAGGGAUGUUUGUAUAUUUUGUCAGUGAGUAAUAUUGCGCUGCCAUCAUGAUGAGUGUCAUGGUUCUAUAUAAAUGCCCUCCAUCUGUCCCUCUAAUGUUGCAUGUUUUCAGUGGUUUGGAAGUUUUGUAUAUUUAUUGUAUUAACACAGAGUGUCAUAAAAUAAAAUGCUGUUUACUGGA